CUCUAGAGGAAUGAGAGCUGAGGAUUUCCUAAAAAACAGGAGGUGGAUAAUUGGACCAGAGUUUCUCUGGAGGCCAAAAGAGGAAUGGCCUAAAUUGGAGGUGGAUCUUGAUGGAGUUCCUGUAGAUGAUCCAGAGGUUAAAAGGAACCUGAUGGUGAAUGCUGUUAUCAAGAUCCAGGAAAACGCCACAACCAGCUUAAUCAGUUACUUUUCCAGUUGGACGAAGCUAAAAACUGCAGUUGCUUGGUUUUUAAAGAUCAAGAUGAUUCUCAAGAUUCUGUGCAGGAAGAGGAUGGAAUUUUCUGCUGUUCCAUGUCAAAAGGUUGAAGGAAGAAUGCAGAGUUUCAAGGUCACACUCAAAGGACAGAGUUUGACGCCCAAGGAUUAUGACAAAGCAGAGAAAGCAAUUGUGCAAUAUGAACAAAGAGAGAGGUUCAAGGUUGAGGCAAUAUUAAAUAACAGACCCAUCACAAAGGUUUCCGACGACCCGGAUGACCUUGAAGCACUCACUCCCAAUCACAUCCUGACGUUGAAAGGCAAACCUAUCAUGCCACCAGGACUAUUUGACUCAAAUGAUCUGUACCUCAGAAAAAGGAGAGACAAAAGUGGACAAGGCCAAGAAGGAGUCUCACCACCGGAGACAUCGUCCUUGUGGCAGAUGCUGCGGCUCCAAGAGGAUCAUGGAUGAUGGGGAAAGUUUUGGAUGUCAAAUCGGAUGCUAAGGGACUGGUGCGCUCUGUGCGUCUUCAAACAAAGACCAGCAUCCUGGAGAGGCCAGUGACGAAGCUCUGCCUGCUAUUGGAAGCAGCGGUUUAGCAUCAUUGACAUUGACUCACUGACUCUCUCUCUUUCUAUGGCUCUGUCUCUCUCUCUCUCUCUCUCUCUCUCUCUUGUUUUGCAGGUACUUCAAAAGGAAGAGACUGAUUUAUGGUGUAUUCCAUAAUUGUAGUUCAGCUAAAGGAAUAGCUCCUUUUUGGGACGUAAAAGUAAUUGUGGGUUCAUACACAAUUAGGGGCCGGAAUGUAGGAGCUAUUUAUUGGUGUGUUCCUAGGUUUUUGAUAUCUGUUGAUUUAUUUUUUGUUGUUGUUGUUUUGUUUGGAUUCCUUGAUGGUAUUUUCUUGUUGGUUAUUUAUUUAUUUUGUUUGUCUAUCAUAUUUUGUUGGGGUUAAUUGGUGGUUGAUUUGUGGGUUUGUUUCAUUGGAUGGCACCCUGGGCACCUGCAAUAUAUUUGGGUGGGCGGUGCUCAGGGGACCAGCAUGCACCGGGGUGGGCCUAUGGUUUUGUACCAGAGCAAGAGAGGCAAUAGGAAAAGGCCCUUGUUCCUUUUUUAUUCGUUUUGCUUGCUUGGUAAUAAAAGGAAAGAAGAAACGGAACAGGAUUGUUUGGACUGACUCUUUUGCCUGCGUGAAACAAACCCAUGGUGCAUCAGUGGCCGUUUGAUUAUAGGUUACGUUUAUUGUUUUGGAGAAGGACAAAU